AUGCCGAGCAUCUACUUCACCUUGUCUGCUGCGGCCCUCGCUGGCUUCGCGAGCGUGGCCCAAGCCCAGACCAACAUUACAACCAAUGCUUGCGCUGACGGAUCCAACUACUCAUCGUGCAAUCGCAAUGUCGCCAACAACUGGAGUUCCUGCGUGAAUGACUGCAAUGGCGAUGGCAACUGCAUGGUUGACUGCGGCUGUACCGCGCACCAGGAGUAUAUCAACUGCAUGGCUCAGUCCUGCUGGAACCAGGUCUACUCUUGCGAGUACCAACUCUUCGUGCAACAGUACUUCUCCGUAUGCCCCAGCGCCGUUGAGCCGAUCCCCUUCUGGCCGGCGCCGGAUAACGCGCCGAACCGUUGCUCCUGCGACCUAGGCAAGGUGCUCCAGAACACCCUUACCGCACGCAAGGAACAGGUGACCUGCAUGAGCAACGUCACAGACCAGACAGUCAGCGAAGCUAGCAAUGGCAGCAUCGCGAAUCUGGGCAACGGUCUCGAUAUCGCCAAGCAAGCAACUGAUUGCGCCUGCUGCGGUGCCAGUGCCAGUUACUCUGCUGCCUGGGAAGUCUGCCCGAACACAGUCCCCACACUGGCCGGCGCAGACCUAUGGCCCGUCUUCUUCCCCGACGACAUGCCCAACAUGUACACCUCGAUCCCCAACUGGGCCUGGGACACCUGCGACUCGACCCUGGAUAACGUCCAGUGCCAGGACAUCGGCUUCAACGACUCCUCCGACAAGUUCUACAAGCCCGGCGAUUUCCCCAGGAACGGCACCUCCACUCUGUCCAAUGUUGCGGGCACCGUCACCGCGCCUCCCAGCGGCACCGUCAUUACCUGGUCCCAGGCGUCGUCUACUUGGACUGUCACUGCCACUGGAUAUGAUGCAAAGGCAGUUGCUAGCCAGAGUGAUUACCGCGCCACUGCUACCGGUACCGGUGCUCAGUACCCCGAGCAGACGAGUGUGGACAAUGUGAACGGCGCUGGAAAUGUGCGCCCUGUUGGCGGUGCUGUUGCUGCGCUUGGCUUCGUCGGUGCUUUGAUGGCACUGUAA